AUGUCGUUUGAUAGACCAGAAAUAUACAGCGCUCCUGUUUUACAAGGAGAAUCGCCUAACGAUGAUGAUAAUACCGAAAUCAUAAAGUCCUUCAAGAAUUUCAUUUUGGAGUUCCGACUAGACUCGCAAUUUAUAUACAGAGACCAGUUAAGGAACAAUAUUCUUGUAAAAAAUUAUUCUUUAACGGUUAAUAUGGAGCAUUUGAUCGGGUACAAUGAAGACAUAUACAAAAAAUUAUCAGACGAACCUUCAGAUAUCAUUCCAUUAUUCGAAACUGCGAUCACGCAAGUGGCCAAAAGGAUAAGUAUUCUAAGCAGGGCUCAAUCUGGUAAUAACGAUAACAAAGAUACAGAGAGUAUUAGCACGGACACUGAUUCGCUUUUACUGAAUUCUUUACCAACCUUCCAAUUAAUCUUAAACUCCAAUGCAAACCAGAUUCCAUUGAGAGAUUUGGAUUCCGAACACGUCUCUAAGAUUGUGCGUUUAUCAGGUAUAAUAAUAUCCACUUCAGUUUUAUCUUCCCGUGCCACGUACCUUUCUAUAAUGUGUAGAAAUUGCAGACACACAACAUCUAUAACAAUCAACAAUUUUAAUUCUAUCACGGGCAAUACUGUCAGUUUACCACGCUCUUGUUUAUCUACGGCUGAGAGUGAAUCUUCUAUGGCUAAUGAGUCGAAUAUUGGCGAUGAAUCGACCAAAAAAAACUGUGGUCCUGAUCCAUAUAUUAUUAUUCAUGAAUCUUCAAAGUUUAUUGAUCAGCAGUUCUUAAAAUUACAGGAAAUCCCGGAACUGGUUCCAGUAGGUGAGAUGCCUAGGAACUUGACAAUGACUUGUGACCGAUACCUAACAAACAAGGUCAUUCCAGGUACGAGGGUCACUAUAGUGGGUAUAUAUUCCAUCUAUAAUUCCAAGAACGGUGCUGGCUCCGGAAGAAGCGGAGGUGGUAAUGGGGGGAGCGGUGUUGCUAUCAGAACACCUUAUAUUAAAAUAUUGGGUAUUCAAUCCGACGUAGAAACUUCCUCUAUCUGGAAUUCUGUAACCAUGUUUACCGAGGAAGAAGAAGAAGAAUUUCUGCAGCUAAGUAGAAACCCAAAGCUUUACGAAAUUUUGACCAACUCUAUUGCCCCUUCUAUUUUUGGCAAUGAGGAUAUAAAAAAAGCGAUUGUAUGUUUAUUGAUGGGUGGUUCCAAGAAGAUACUACCCGAUGGCAUGAGGUUAAGAGGUGAUAUCAACGUUCUAUUAUUAGGUGAUCCAGGUACCGCUAAAUCUCAAUUAUUGAAAUUUGUCGAGAAAGUAUCACCAAUUGCUGUAUAUACAUCUGGUAAGGGAUCUUCUGCAGCUGGGUUGACUGCCAGUGUACAAAGAGAUCCGAUGACGAGAGAAUUUUAUCUGGAAGGUGGUGCUAUGGUUCUUGCCGAUGGUGGUGUUGUUUGCAUUGAUGAAUUCGAUAAAAUGAGAGAUGAAGAUAGAGUGGCCAUCCAUGAAGCUAUGGAGCAGCAAACAAUCUCCAUCGCGAAAGCCGGUAUCACUACAGUGCUAAAUUCUAGAACUAGUGUUUUAGCGGCAGCUAAUCCAAUAUAUGGCCGGUAUGAUGAUUUGAAGUCUCCUGGUGACAACAUUGAUUUUCAAACUACUAUUUUAUCCCGUUUCGAUAUGAUUUUUAUUGUCAAGGACGACCAUAAUGAAGAACGUGAUAUUUCCAUUGCUAAUCACGUUAUUAACAUUCAUACAGGGAACGCGAAUGCUAUUCAAAACCAACAAGAGGAAAAUGGUAGUGAAAUUAGUAUUGAAAAGAUGAAACGUUACAUCACGUAUUGCAGAUUGAAAUGUGCACCAAGACUUUCACCGCAGGCCGCUGAAAAACUAUCCUCGAAUUUCGUCACUAUAAGGAAGCAGCUAUUAAUCAAUGAAUUAGAAUCAACCGAAAGGUCAUCUAUUCCAAUUACCAUUCGUCAAUUGGAAGCUAUUAUUAGAAUAACGGAAUCGUUAGCUAAAUUGGAACUAAGUCCUAUCGCACAGGAAAGGCAUGUUGACGAAGCUAUUAGAUUGUUUCAAGCUUCCACAAUGGAUGCUGCCUCUCAGGAUCCAAUUGGUGGCUUAAAUCAAGCAAGCGGAACGUCGUUGUCAGAAAUCCGUCGUUUUGAGCAAGAACUAAAAAGAAGAUUACCUAUUGGCUGGUCUACUUCUUACCAAACUUUAAGAAGAGAAUUUGUAGAUACACAUAGAUUUUCCCAAUUGGCAUUGGAUAAGGCCUUGUAUGCAUUAGAGAAGCAUGAAACAAUUCAAUUGAGACAUCAGGGACAAAAUAUUUACAGAAGUGGGGUAUGA